GCCUGGCAUUCCGCAGAAAGGUUUGUUUGCAAGUGGGCGAGCGGAGCAGGGCUAUGGAGACUUUUCUGGAAAAGGAAUAUUAGCUUGCAUUAUUUAUUUCUACAUAAUGGUUACAUGGCUUUUUUUUUUCCUCUCCGGAGGAGUUGAUGUAGGCACCUUCUUGAUUUGAUCCUGGAAAAUAGGGGCAUAAAAUGCACGCCGGCAGAGUAUUUUUGCACUUGUUAAGUAGAAUAAAUACAUUUUUCAAAGAGGUCACAUUUUACAGCCGUGAAUAUUUUUAUUUAUUUACAGCAAUUCUGUAAGGCCUGAUAUGUCAUUCUAGACAAUAUACAGGUAGGCCUUGCUUACCAACUGCCUCGUGCAAUGACCCUUCACAGUUACCACGCUCCUUUAAAAAAUAGCUGCGAGCUCCUUUAAAAAAUAGCUGCGAUAAAGGCCCACAUCUACAAUGGUCGGGGCAUCCUUCAGAUAUAUGAUCACUCUUUGUAAACUUCACAACUAGCAUUCAUUUUCGCUUGUGAUAAGCAGAGCUAAUACUGUAUUAUUAAAUACAGGUAGUCUUCAACUUACAGUCACAAGCCCCAAAUUUAUGUUGAUAAGUGAGAUAGUUGUUAAGUGAAUUUUGUCCCAUUUGAAGACCUUUCUUGCCACAGUUGUUAAGCGAAACACCACUUGUUAAGUUAGUGACAUGGUUGUUAAGUGAAUCUGGGUUCCCCAUUGACUUUGCUUGUCAGAAAGUCACAAAAGGUUAUCAUGUGACCCCGAGAUAAUGCAACUAUCACAAAUAUGAGUCAGUUGCUAAGCAUCUGAAUUUUGAUCAUAUAACCAUGGGGAUGCUGCAACAGUGGUAAGUGUGAAAAACGGUCAUAAGUCACUUGGUUCAGUGCUGUUGUAACUUUGAACAGUGACUAAAUGAACUGUUGUAAGCCGAGGAUUUCCUGUACUGUAGUUCACCUAAAUACAAACAGAAGUAUUUUAAAGGUAAGAGAUAAAACAUUCUAACCUUUGUUUGGAGAUUGAUCUAGUUUAUUUUAAAAAAUCCCAUGCAUUUGGCUGAUUGCACUCACUUGUACAUUGUUAUUUUCACUUAAAGACCACACUUGGGACCAGCAACAGUCACUAAGUGGACAAUCAAGUGAUUGGGGUUAUCUUAGCUUCCUCUUCAGUUGCUAAUUAAAGCAACAUGGUAACUAAAUAGAAAAUCACAAUGUAAAAGUUACUCCAUUAUAAUUUUGAAAGGUUGCUGCGUGAGGCAGUCGGUAAGCUUGGUCUAGUUUUACUGAGUAUUCAGUGAUAGCUGCCUAUGUGUUUGCAUGUGUUCAGGUAGUUUUCUAUAUAUACAGUGCAGACAAGACAUCCAAUUUUUUAGCUCUAUGAAGGCAACAUUUGUUGGAGUAAUAAUGUUUUUCAUGUUUGAUUACUGCAGUAAAAUUAAAAAAAAAUCCUGCUUUCUUCAAAGUUGAAUUCAGAAAAAAUAACCUGAGCAGGCUUUUUUCCCUUCUUUUCCUUUUUUUCCUCCUUGCUUCAUCUCAGUCUAGUUUUCUUCCCUCUUCCCUUUCCAAUGUAACUAUCCUUGUUCUAACUCUGCUGGAAGGGCACUAUAUAGAGAUAGUGCUCUUCACCCUUAUGACUGGUUGUCAAGUGCUUUGUGUUCACAUGAUGUUCACUUGCAAUCUUCCCUGCCAGUCUCUGCAGAAAGCCAGUGGGGAAGCUGGCAGGAAAGGUUGCAAAUUGCUGCCACCUCCCUAGAUGACUCCCUCUUGUCUCUGGGGGCUGAAUGAAAAAGAUUCCAGCCAUUUCAUGCUUGAAUCUCAGCAGCUGAAAUCCAAGCAUGCAUGCAGUGCAAAAUCUCUGUCUCCCUGCCUUCAUGGAGAGCCCCAGAGAGGCAAAGAGAGAAGGUCACCGAGCUCCAGUGGUGCUAUUCAGCCAGUUCUAUCUGGUUCGGGCAAACCACUAGCAGCGGCUGCGGGAGGCUCCACCCACCACCCAGACAUCAUCACGUCCCAUUUUUUAUGCUCUGCGCAUGAGCAGAAGGUCCUGAGCAUGCACGGAGGUGGUGUGUGUGUUCCCAUUUGCGAACUAGUAGCGAAGUACUUUGCAACUGGCUCUUAUUUUGGCUGGCAAUGUCUUCAAAAGGAAAGAGAAAGAGCUCCACUUCAAUUAAGGAAGGAAAGAAGAAGCAAAGGAGAACCAUCAAUCUUGAUUUGAAAAUGAAGAUCAUCAAAGCGCAUGACGAGGGGAAGAAGGUGAACUUUAUAGCUCAAGAAGAAGGGCUGGCCCAUUCCACCAUCUCCACUAUUCUGAAAGAUAAGGAAAGGAUCAAAAACGCUAUUAAAGGAGCAUCAGGAACAGAUGCCAUUAUAACUAGACACCGAACAGGCCUCAUCCACGAAACAGAAAAACUGCUACUACUUUGGAUUGAAGAUCAAAUCCAAAAGAGGAUGCUGAUUAGCCUUUCUCUCAUUCAGGCAAAGGCGCGCAGCAUUUUCACAACACUGAAGGAUAGAGCAGGUCAGGAAUGCACUGAAGUGUUCACUGCCAGCCGUGGCUGGUUUAUGCGGUUUCAGCGAAGAUUUAAUUACCACAGCACACGCAAGACACGUAAAGGUGCAAGUGUUGAUGAAGCUGCCAAACAUUUUCUGGAUGAACUAGAUGAUAUUAUUGCAAAGGGGAGCUAUUUGCCUGAACAGAUAUUCAAUGUGGAGGAAACCUGGUUAUUCUGGAAAAAAAUGCCAGAGCAGACCUAUAUCCACAAAGAGGCCAAAACAGCACCUGGAUAUAAAACGUUUAAGGAGAGAGUAAGCUUGCUAUUGGGCGGAAAUGUCUCCGGAUUCAAGCUGAAGCCAUUUCUGGUCCACAAUUCGGGGAACCAUCGUGCAUUCAAAAACAUAUGCAAGCGCACACUGCCCAUUUAUUACCGAUUCAAUCAGAAGGCUUGGAUGACACAAGUCCUCUUUGAGGAUUGGUGUAUGAAUUGUUUUAUACCUCAAGUAAAGGAAUAUUGUUUGCAAAAAAAGAUUCCUUUUAAAAUUCUACUGCUCCUUGACAACAGACCUGGACAUCCCCCACAUUUUCAUAAUAUCUAUCCAGAUGUAAAAGUGGUUUAUCUGCCCCAAAACACCACCCCUCUCUUACAGCCUAUGGACCAGGGAGCUAUCACAAUAUUUAAAGCAUACUAUUUACGUGCAAUGUUUGCCAAAGCCGUUGAUGUAAUGAAGGAGGAUAAGAGGGUGACAUUGCGUGAGUUUUGGAAAAACUAUAAUAUACCCCAUUGCAUCAAAAACAUUGCAGCAGCAUGGCAGGAUAUCACUCUGAAAUGCAUGCAAGGGAUUUGGAAAAAGUGUUUAAAAUGUUUUCCUGUUCUGAUAAAUAAUUUUCAAGGAUUUGACCAUAACAAAGAUUUGGAUGAAAUAAAUAAGGAAAUUUUGACACUCAUGAAAUCCCUUGAUUUAGAAGUUAAUGCUGAAGAUGUGAAAAAUUUGAUAGCCUACACUGAGGGAGAACUUUCAAAUGAGGAUUUAAUUGAACUGAAAGAAGAAUUGGAAACACGAAGGGUCAAAGAAGAAGAAGAGGAGGAGGAAGAGGAGGAGGAAGAAGAAGAGGAGGAGGAGGAAGAGGAGGAACCAGAAGAAGAACCGGAGGAGGAACCGGAGGAGGAACCAGAAGAGGAGGAGGAACCACAGGGGGACAAAUCAAAAGAGGAGGAAGAAAAGGAGGAGGAGGAAUCAGAAGAACAACCAGAGGAGGAGAAGGAAAAAAAUGUAGAAAUUCAGCCCAAAAUGUUCAAUGUGAAAGCAUUGGCUGCUGUUUUCUCGGGCAUUAACCAAAGUUUAUCAAAAUUACAAAGUAUGGAUCCAAAUGUAGAACGUUUUGAAAAGGUGUAUCAGGAUAUGCAUGAAAUCUUAAACUGUUACCAUGAAAUAUAUGAAGGAAAAAAGAAAAAAACUUGUGCAAACCAGAAUUAGUGGGUCCUUUAAGAAAGUUACUCCUUCUAUGGCUGUAGUUCCUUCCUCAUCCCCCUCCCCAUCCAGAGGAAUAGAAGAUUGAGACAAUCUUCAACCAUCAGCCAGCUAUCCCAAUGCAUCCUUUCCAAAAACACAGGAAAAAAACUAUAAUUUUGAAGGGCUGAUAGUGAUGCUUACUAUAUUGCAAUUGUAAAGUCUGAUUUUGUACGCAUUUUGUUAAAAAUGUUCAGUUCUUGAAAGAUAAAAGAAAUUGAGUUUGGAAGGUCGAAGUAAAAUAAUAAGUUGCAGGCAUAUGAUAAUUCACUUAGUGACUGCUUUACUUCACUUAACUCAGGGGGAAGUAUUGCAAAAUCACAAGCAACUUAGCGACCAAGUUGACAGUCCUAAUUUUCCUAAUUGUAGUCAUAAAGGAAGAUUAAAAUGUUAAAAUUUCAAUUUUAAAUAAGCUAUAUAAAGGACUAAAAUGCAAAUUUCUAGUUAAGAUUUUACUUAAACUAAGAAAAUGGCUUUAUAAGUGAAUGAUAAUUAUUAAGAUCCAAGAAUUUAGGCAGAAAAUUAUUAGAUUUGGAGGCUUCUGUAUAAAAUGCACAACAGUUUUAUUUUUUCAGCAAUGUCUUGAAAUCAUGUUAGAUCCAAAAUUAGUGGUUAUCACUAAUAUCAGCUGCGAAGUAUUUUCGUACUUGUGGCCCAUGACUUGGGCAAUUUGAAAGGUGGCUAAAUCUAUCGAAUGAGUUUUCACUACAACCUUUUUCUCCACAUUUAAGGAAAGCAAUUAGUAUUUUUCCGCACUCACUGAUGACUUAAUGAGCAGAAACCAAGUCAGAGGAACCCACCAAUCACUUUCCUUUAAUUCCCUACAUGAAAAUCAGAACAGCUGAACAAGUUACUCUUGUUCCUGUGGCAGGUAAAACCAACUUUUACAUGGUAAAACCAACUGAAUUUGUACUAGCGUACUUUUCUGCUGUCUCAAGAAGGGGCAGAACACACAUUAAUAUGGUUGUGAGGAAGAACUUUUAUUUUGGAGUAAAACGCAUAGGAUUUCUUGUAACUGUUAUAUUGUUGUAUUGUCUUUUUUUUUUUAAGAUUCUCAGAUUUUAGUGUGUUGUAUACAGUCCUGGAAGAAGACUUAACAAAUAAGCUGAAAAACUGCAGCUGAACUUUUCAUUAUGUUCCACUUAUACUGUGCUUGACAAGGAGAGGAAGUAACAAAUAUUAGAAAAUCCUAUAUAUGAAGUAUUAGUUGAUGUGGUUAAAUCACACAGAAAUCCUUUCACAAAAACUAAAUUAGAAAACACUUAUCAUCUCCAGAUGGAGCUGCUCCCAUUGUUGCUAUUUUUUCCAUCCUAGGAAGUUCUAGAAUCAUUUACUAAAAUCUCAUUAUAUACAAAUGUAGCCAAAAGUAUUGAUACCCUCUGCUUUUUCUUAAGAAUCCCAGUUUCCUUGAAAUAAGUUGAAACUGAUACAAGGAAAUGGCAUUUACUAUUCUUUAGUCCACUGUCCCAAGGGCAGAUGCUUUGAUUUUGAUGUAUGACGUAGCAUAUUCUUAUAAUAAAAUGAAAAUGGCAUGGGCAUACUUAUUAGUACUCAUUAAAAUACAUCAUUGGAUGUUUGUGGUCUGUUAAGCAGAAUCUUUAAUUGGUAUCAUAAGUGCCUUCAGUCUUAUAAUCAGUUGCUCAGCCUAUUUGAAUGGAGCAAAAUACUCAGGCACUUUGUGUUGUAUGCAGCACAGUGACUAUAGACAAGAAAAAGAAAAACAGAGAGUUGUCUGAUGAGGAAAGGAAGAUGGUAAUAACCAAACAUACCGUGUUUCCCUGAAAAGAAGACCCAGCCAGAAAAUAAACCCUAGCCUGAUUUUAGUAUGCUAUUAUAAGCCCUACCCCCAAAAUAAGCCCAAGUGAAGAUCAUCAGCUGGGAUAGGGGUAGGUGGGCAUCCCCAGCACAGGAGGUGGAGAGCGUGCACUGCAACAGCCACACCCCAGCACUGCGACCUCUGGCCCAACUCUCCAAGUAGAGGCACAGGGGGUGGGGAGGCAGGUGAUUGUGACAUGCAGCGCAGCGGCAGAAGGUACAGGGGGAGGGCAGGUUAUCCUGAUGCACCUUGUGGUUUUAUAAGCUGAUUUAAUGGAGGCAAAUGAUUCCAAUACAUGGUAGCAGCAAGGAGAGGCACGGGGCGAGAGGGCAUGCGAUCCUAACGUGGCAUGCAGCCUUCUGUGUUGCAGCUGCAGGCAAGCCAACAGACAGUGGGAUGGAUUGACACCUGAUUUAAUGGAGGCAAGCAAUUCCAACGUGUAAAGGCACCGGCAGCAGGCAGAGGUGGGGGAGGCAGGUGAUUCCAAUGCGUGACAAAGUAGUUUGCCCUCUUCCGCCUGCGCCUCUGCCUGCUGCCCCUGUGCAUAAGAUUCUCCUGCGUCCAUUAAAUUGGGUGUCAAUCUAUCCCACCAUCUAUCAGCUUGCCCGCAACCACACAAUGGAGCAGAAGGCCACAUGGCACAGCAGGAUGACCUCCCAUCCCCCCUAUGUCUCUACCUGCUGCCAGUGCUGCCGUGCAUCGGAAUUGCCUGCCUCCAUUAAUUCAGGUGUCAAUCUGUCCCACUAUCUCAGCUUGCCUACAUUGUCUGUGUUUCCCGAAAAGUAAGCCCUAAUCUGUCUUUUGGGGCCCAAAUAAAUAUAAGACUGGGUCUUAUUUUAGUAAAAGGAAAGGCUAGAAAACCAUCUCAAAUUAUUCUUAUUUCCUGUGACCAUGGUGGCUAAUAAUGUCAAAUUUAACAUCCAUGGGACUGUAGCCAACUAUCCUUGACCUUGCCACAAGAGAAAAAUUGACUAACACUUAAAACAGAAGGGUAUUUCAAAUGCUGGAGAAAGAACCAAAGAAGACUUCAAAGAUCAAAGUAUAAUUGUAUCAAGUUGCACCAUGUGACCUCUAUGGUAGAAAAUUCAGGAAGACUCAACUUCUGAAAAACAGACAAAAAGAUGGAGUUUACCCUGGUAUAAUUUAUCAAAAAUGGUUAUUGAAAUGGAAAUUUGUGAGGGCAGAUAGGUUGGCUAGUGACUUAGAAAGACAUAAUUAUUUCGGCACACAUCAAUGUUGCAGAUGCAGUCCCUCUUAUAUCAGUUAAUAUAACUGAUCAGCCUGACCUCACAAUUAGUUUCUAAAGGAGAUAAAUGUUUAUGCUUAAGUAAUAGCUUGAUAAACUGUAAUGUGCAUUCUCAUGUUUGCUUUGGCACAAUAAGCCAUUUUGGCAUGCCUUAUAUAAACCCAACUGAUUCCAGUUUAUAUACUAAGCAAAAUAAAUCAUUAGAUGUAUGCCUAGGAGUUAAUGCAAAAAACUAUUAAUGGUUCAAUAGUUUCUGUAUUUUUAAAUAAGUCCACAAAGUAUAGAGAUUAUAAUAUUUUAUUACUUUGUAAAGCAAAAUCUGGGAAAAAAGCAGCUACUGGCAUUGAGAAUUCAGAUAGAAGAAUCCCCAUGAAACCAGUAGCCAUUUUUUUUGAGAAAUUAUAGAAAAUAAGUAGUUCAUGUUUACAAUUACAAGUUUUAUAACCUGACACAUUAGGGAGUUUGUAGUAUUGCAGAUUAUUAUCAUUGCAGGAAGUAAUAAUGGGGGGGGGGGGAGAGAAGAGAAGCUAAAAGAAAAUCAUAAGCACAAUUGUGGUCACAUGGUUUUCCAUUUAGCAACCACAUCACUUAGUGACCAAGUUGCUGGUCCCAACAGUGGUUGCUAAACAAGGUCUAUCUAUAGCUUCUCCUGAUUAUCAGGCAGCCACCUUAUGAAUCGACUGUCCAAAAGUUUUUGACAGUCGAUCCAAGCAAGACAGCCUGGCAGUUGAUUGAAUGAGCUGUGGUUGUCAGAUGGUUUUCCCAUCAGCUAGAGGAGAGCAAAGCCAGAUAGCUUGAUCAAUGCCCCACAAUCUGAAAUCAAGACAUAAUCCAGCAGCAAAGCAGAACAAAGGAAGGAUAAGGAGCGGCAGUAAGGACAGGAAAUGUUAUGCUAGUAUAACAUUUUGCCGGUUGAAGGAUGGCUGACUAAUAUUUUAAUCAAACUGCAGAAAAAAAGUUUAAAAAUCAUGAAGGCUGUAAUGUUUGACACAUAUAUUUUUCAGUAAGUGUUUGUGUUAUUUAUUUUUGAAUAAGGAUGCAUGUGAAUCUGAAAGUCAAAGUCUCUUCUUUGGAUCCAGUCAUGAAUUGAACAAGCCUUCACUGAUGUGGUGCAUCCAUACCACAGGAAGCAGUUGUCAAGAUAAGACUAUUAAGAAGGCUACAUUUGUUGAUUCGGACCACGGGCUUGUCUACUCCAGCAUUCACUUUGCACACUGGUCACUAAUGUUCCCCUGGAAACCUCCAAGUAAAUUGUCAGUGGUAGAAUGGGAAGGCGGGCAGUCUCCCCUUUCAUAUUCCCAUGAUGGGAAUGAAGAUAUUUCUUCUCUGGUAUAUGAACAAUACACAACAUCUAUGAUACAUAUCCAUGUAAUGUCUUGUUACUCACACCUCUGCAACUUAUGCUGCACAUGUAUUUCUCUACCAGCUUCUAGUAUUUUCAGCUCCCCAUGUCAAUAAGGGUAAAUGUUGGCCCCUGGAGAAGCAAAUUUGCAUUCUAGAAUCAUCUUUCUUUGCUAAGUGAAAUGCUUUUGCUGUCUGAAUUAUGGUGCUGCCUUAACUAUAUCAUCUGAUAUCAAAAUUUCAGAACCAGAGGAUGCUGUCCUUUCUCUGCAAUUCCUUGUUUCCCUGGAGAAGGAUAUCCAUUCAACGGUGCUUAGGCAUAAUUAAUCCAUUACUUUUAGUAUGGCAAGGUCAACAUGCAUGUAAUUCGUGUAAAUCAUAUAUUCAUUUAUUUCAUAGUGGCCUUUUAUGCUUUUAAGACUUUUAUUUUUCUAUGAAAAUAAUAUCUCCCUGGAUUUUUCUGAUCGUUUCUGUUUUGCUUUGAGGCAGCAGAUAGGAAGAUUGAAUACAUUGAAGUGGGUAACACUAAUUAAUUAUAUAUUGGAAAUAUAUGAAGUUUAACUACUUUAUGCCCUUUGAGAGAUUAUAGCAGAUAAACCCCAAAAGGAUUUUCCAGGAUCCCAUGGAAGUUCAGAUUUAGGUGUUUGUAUGUGUUUGUGUGUGUGUGUGUGUGUGUGUGUGAGAGAGAGAGAGAGAGAGAGAGAGGGAGGGAGGGAGAGAGGGAGAGAUUUAAAAUUUUGCAAUUUCUAUUUCUGCUUGUUCUUGUGUUCUGGCUUGAAUAUUGAUGUUUACUAUAUUUUAAAUGACAACUUCAAGGAUUAUCAGCAGGAGUAUGAUUUCUCCAAAGUUUACUUUGUAGGUCGAGUGAGAAAUGUUGUUUUUAUUGGGCUUUGGCACAUUGUAUUGUCUAUUGCAUAUUGUUUUGACAAUUUUGUUAUGAUUAUUUUAAUUGUUCUUUUUGGAAGUCCAUAUCGAUUUUUAAUAUUCCAUUAGCCAUCCAGAAUUGUGAGAACAAUUGUAUAAACAUUUCCUUUUGAAUAUCAAUACUCCUUGUUCAUGACUUGUUUCAAUAUACUCCCUCUUUCAUUCAGCAACUAUUCGAAGUUAUGAUGGCAUUGAACAAGUGGUACUUACAGCCAGUUUCAGACAUCCCAGCAUCCCAUAGUCAUAUAUUUUCAAUCAGGGUCCUUGGCAACUGCCUUGCAUGGAUGGCAGUUGCAGCACCUCAAGGUCAUGUGAUCACCGAUUGCAACCUUCCUUGCAAAGUAAAUUUACAAAGUAAAUGGGAAAGUGUUAUGUCUAACAAAGUCCUCGGGGUUACGACCCGCCUGAGCCUUGACAACAGCCAGGCGGUCUCUGAUUGGUUAAGACGCGCUGGAGGGAAGAAGCGGGAGUUUGGAAGUCCUGUCAUUGGAUAAAGUUCCUGAGGCAGCUAAUAUAUAAGGGCUGUCACCCGGAGAGUUCGUUCGAGCUUAACAUGUUAUUCCGUUGUGAUUAAUUGCGAGUUAAAUAAAGGUUGUGUUCCUUACAACCUCUGUGUGAGACUCUUUCUGGACCCACUAGUCACGGACUUAAUAGAAAGCUAGCAGGAAAGGUCACAAGCACUCCAGUAAGUCACUCACACCCUCCCACACCCAGCAGCAGCUACCUCUGGCCUUUCCAUGCUUGCACUGUAUCUCGCACCUUAUCUGUCUGCCAGCCUGCUUGCAAGCCGCCCAGGAGUCCCUUAACAACCUGCAUUCCUUGCUUAACGAUGGCAACAGGGAAUGCCAGGAUUGCCAUUGCUCAGUGUAGCAGUCAUAUAAUAUCAUGCCUUAUGGUCGCAUUGUUUAAUGAUGCCAAUCCCAAUUAUUUUUGUUAAUUGAGGACUAUCUGUGUAGCAUAAUAAUUGCCACAUAAAUUGGAUAGGGUGGGCAAGCCCCAGGUCCCUUCCUGAAAUAUUAUUACUAUCUAGUAGUGGGGCCUAGCAAGCGUGCCUUCUUCAUGGCUGUCCCUACACCUUUCUCCUCCGCACUCCGCAGCCCCCACCCUCAGUGGUGGGAUUCAGCCAGUUCGCACCACUUCGGGAGAACCAGUUGUUAACUUUCUGAGCAGUUUGGCAAACUGAUUGUUGGAAGAAAUCAUUAGGGCAGAGAACCGGUUGUUAAAUUACUUGAAUCCCACCACUGCCCACCCUGAUAGUCUUCCAGAAAACCAUGAAAACUUGGCUCUUUACCCUGGUACCAAGGUAAAGUAGUAGAGCCUAUGGAAGGUUGUGGGGUCAAAGAAUGGCCCAUAGCAGACCAUAGGUUUGCUUAAUUAUUGCCAUAAAAAAGUUAUAAAAUAGAGUGACCCAAUUAAUGACCAUCACGCAUUAUGACAUGAUAGGCAAGUUCCAUUACGGUUGGAAAAUGACAACUACCUAUAAGCCAUUUUAAGUACGGUACUCUAGAGAUUAUAUGAACAAAAUUAAAACUGGAUUUCUUGGCCAGCAGGUAGCACUUUUAGCAAAUGGCAGUUGAGAUACUGUUUUGCACAGUACAUUCCUAUCCGUGCAAAUAUAUUGAAUUCUUAUCAGAAACAGCUUAGACCAGGAUUAGAAGUAGGGUGCAAGGCAAAGUGGGAGGUUUGUUGGUGCAACCUCUACUAAUUUUUCUCUCUGUCAUUGUGCCCUGCUGCUUAAAUUAUUUUUACAUUUUCAUGUUACAUUGCAUUUUGUAUUUUAUAUUGAAUUUUCUUUUAUGCAGUGCAGUUUGGGUCUGCAACCCAUAAUAAAGUUACUUUUAGUUAUGGAGUGUUGUUUCAGAAAAGUCCUGAUCUUCCCCUCCAACCCAGCUCCUCAACCGCUUUCUCAGAAUAGUGCUCAGUUUACAUUCAGUAAUAGUCAGGGUGACAGAUCUCUAGACUAAGCCCCUCCAUCCUGGCAGUUUAUCCCUUUGAAUCUUACAUCCCAGGCAUCUGUCUAUUUAAUUCCAUCCUGCCACAAGGUUAGUUACUGGUUGUUGUAGUUGUUUUUCCUGCCAACAAGUGAUGCUUGUGGCAAUAGAAAUAGAAAUGAAUUAUGAGACAUUGAAUAUCUGUGCAGAAUUAGUCAUGAACUUUUGCAGUUGUUUCAUUGCAGAGAAAUAACAUUAGAAAUAAGCAUGUAAGGAUAAACCAUAUUAGGAAUUUGGGCAAUUAAUGAAAAUGGAAACAAACAUGAAUAAAGUACUCUUCUUCAAUAGUAUUCAGUAUUCAGUAUUUGUAAAUUAGGCCAUUCUAGAUUUUACUCAUCCAUGUGAGUAUUCAGCAUUUCUAGUUUCUUCUGAUCCAUGUGAGGAAUAUUUUGUAUUAGCUUUGGAGUAAUCAUGCUUUAUUGCAUCCUAAUACUCUUUUUCCUUUCCUUAA